AUGGCAGAGGCUGAAGAGUUCGACCCGUGGAACGUCCCCGAGUUAAAGGACGACACCGUUCCUUGGUCUGUCAUGCUUAUUGAUAAGGACAUCAUUACCGAGAUCGCUAAGAACGAGGAAGGUGCUGACGAGCUCAGUCUUCUGAGGCGGUACUGCAAGACCGGUCCGUUUGUGUUGGUCAACACUACACAAGAGCAGGUGACGUUCUUCAGCAACGGCACUUACAAUUGGACGACCACAGAAAACGUCACGACCAGCGAGUGGAAACACCAAUGUCAGUACCUGUUUGCCCAAGUGAACCUGUGGAACGACACCAUCGUGGGGGUGAUCCUCCUGGUGCCGGCCCUGCUGAUCCUGUGCAUCUGUCUCGCCUGUAUCGUCAAACUUCUGCACAGCAUCCUGAAGGGACAACUUGCUAGAGUCAUCAAAAAGGCUGUGAACGCAGAGUUUCCAACCAAGGCCGGCAAAUGUCUAACAGGGUAUGUGGUGAUCCUCAUUGGCGCUGGUAUGACGUUCCUGGUGCAGAGUAGCUCCAUCUUCACCUCCGCCCUCACCCCUCUCAUCGCCAUCGGCGUGGUCAACCUCAAGCGGGCGUACCCUCUGACUCUCGGGGCCAACAUCGGCACCACCACCACCGCCAUCCUGGCCGCCCUGGCCUCUUCCGGAGACGGCCUGGUCAGGUCUCUUCAGCUGGCGCUGUGUCAUUUCUUCUUCAACGUGUCCGGGAUCAUCCUGUGGUACCCCAUACCGCAGCUCAGGAACGUUCCCAUCGGUUUGGCCAAGAUUCUCGACAACACCACAGCAAAGUACCGCUGGUUCGCCAUCGUCUACCUCCUUCUGAUGUUUUUCCUCUUACCAGCGGCAAUUUUCGGACUGUCAGUAGCCGGGUGGCAGGCACUUGUGGGAGUUGGUGCACCAGUUCUGUUCCUUUCUUUGGUUGUCAUAGUCGUCAACAUCAUGCAAACAAAACGUCCAAACUGGCUCCCUAAGAAACUCCGGACUUGGGACUUUCUCCCACUAGCCUUGCACUCACUUCAACCUUACGACAGACUUUUGACGGGCUGUUGUGAAAAGAAACACACACAAAAAGACAGUAGUUGUGAAAAGAUAGCAGUGGACAAUCCUGGCUUCGUUUUGGAAAGAGAGCUUGAAACGACGAAGCUGUGAAUUUCAUGUUGAUUGUAAACUAUUUGUAAAUAUGUAAGCAGUGUAUAUAGAGCAUUUGUAAAUGUACAUGGCAUUCCAUAACUUAUAUGUAUCAACGAAUUGUAUUAUACAUUAAACAG